AUAUUGCUGCUUCUCCAGGCAGACCAGAUAUCGAUUUUCUUCCUCUCCGGUUACUUCUCCAACCACUCUGAUUGACCGGGCUCCUUGUGAAUGGGGGAUGUGGGAGUGGAUGAGGAGGUGGAUGGGGGGAAGGGAGGAGAGACGCCGACGGCCUUAGGGCACAUUCUACUCCGCGAACAUGAGCCAUCAUGGGUGAUGAGAAUGAGCUGUUUCCAGAGGGAUGAAGAAAGGCCACAAGGAGUUUUCUGCCUCGGGUGCGUCCUGGUCUGUUCUUUACCUGCAUCCCUAACCUGACCUCUGGUGCCCCAGGUCCACCUGUCCCCUGGGAUCCAGGGCCACCCAGUGAGGCAGGGAGGCGCGGGCCAGGGGCGGGCGGGGGAGGGGCGCCGCGACAGCCGAGCCCGGCUUUGGGGAACCUUGCGAGAGGAAGUGGCUUCCGACUCCUCUGCGUGCAGGGCGAGGGGCAGGAAAGGCGCGGGCAGGCGGGGGAGGUGUCGAGAUGGCGUUCCGCGCGCGGGGCGGAGGGGACCAAACCGCAGAUGCCGAGUGAGCGCGGGAGCGCGGCGCGCGAGGCGGUUGCCCACGUCCCACCGCGGAGCUUGCAGCGCGGGCGGCGCGCGGGGAAGGGCGCAGGUUACCCCGCCGCCUGAGCCGCUCGGGGCCCAGCCUGAGAGCCGAGGCGGCCGGCGCCGGCUGCGCCUGGCCGGGUGACCCCCUUCACCCCCCACCCCAGCCCGCUGCGGGGCUGGGAGCUCGCGCCCGGCAGGGCCCGGGGCGGGAACCCCGCCCCCCCUCCGUCGGCCGCCGCCGGAGCCCGGCUGGUCACACACGCGCCCGCUGCCUCGCGGGGCCCCGGGCUAGAUGACGGUGGACAGCAGCAUGAGUAGUGGGUACUGCAGCCUGGAGGAGGAACUGGAGGACUGCUUCUUCACUGCCAAGACCACCUUCUUCAGAAAUGUGCACAGCAAACAUCCUUCGAAGAAUGUCUGUAAACCCGCCGAGGAGACGCAGCGGCCGCCCACACUGCAGGAGAUCAAGCAGAAGAUUGACAGCUACAACACCCGGGAGAAGAACUGCUUGGGGAUGAAGCUGAGUGAAGAUGGUACCUACACGGGUUUCAUCAAAGUGCAUUUGAAGCUCCGGCGGCCGGUGACAGUGCCUGCGGGGAUCCGGCCCCAGUCUAUCUAUGAUGCCAUCAAGGAAGUGAACCUGGCGGCCACCACCGACAAGCGGACAUCCUUCUACCUGCCGCUCGAUGCCAUCAAGCAGCUACACAUCAGCAGCACCACCACGGUCAGCGAGGUCAUCCAGGGGCUGCUCAAGAAGUUCAUGGUUGUGGACAAUCCCCAGAAGUUUGCACUUUUUAAGCGGAUACACAAGGACGGGCAAGUGUUCUUCCAGAAACUCUCUAUUGCUGAUUGCCCUCUCUACCUGCGCUUGCUCGCCGGGCCUGACAAUGACGUCCUCAGCUUCGUGCUCAAGGAGAAUGAAACCGGAGAGGUGGAGUGGGAUGCCUUCUCCAUUCCCGAGCUCCAGAACUUCCUAACAAUCCUGGAAAAGGAGGAGCAAGACAAAAUCCAACAAGUGCAGAAGAAAUAUGACAAGUUUAGGCAGAAACUGGAGGAGGCCUUAAGAGAAUCCCAGGGCAAACCUGGCUAACCGGUCCUGCUUCCUCUUCUGGUGCCCGCGGAUUUAUUUUUAUUAUUAAUUAUUAUUUUGCAACAGACACUUUUUCUCAGGACACCUGUGGCGGGUACAUCUGUGCCCCCCCCCUGCCCCCCGCCGGCAGUUCCAGAUGUGGCACGAAACCUCUGAGGGACACGCGUGCUCGCGGGCCAGGCCCCCGCCUGCCACACGCCACCUCCCCACCUCCGAGGAACAGGACUGGCGGGGGAGGUGGUGGUGGGGGGGUGGUGGAGAGAAGAGCCUCGGACGUCGGCAAUCCGUGAGCCCUUAGUAAGCCAACCAGCUGCCUCUCUCAUCACCAAACUGGAAUGGUUUGCACCAGCCAGCAAAGGAAAGAAGAAAGGUUUUAGAGCUGUCUGUUCUUUCUCUGGCUUUUAUUCUUCUUCAAUUUCUCUCUUAUUUGCCACCCAUAGACCUUUAUUUAUGAGUCAAAAAUUGUAGCAUAUUCCUUGAGCAGGUCGGGGCUAAGCCCCCAAAAGCAGGAUAAUGCUCGUAAGAGGAUUGCCCCCCACUGUCUCAAGGUGCCCGUUGUUCAUGCUCAAGGGAAGGUCCUAAAGCCACUGGCCCCAGAUGCUCAGGUAGGGAGCACCAAAGCUGAGGCGGGCUCAGAGAUUUCCAGAGAAGCCACAGCCUGCCUUGGCCCUCAUCACUCAAGAGUCUGCACACACGUAAACCCAAAGGCAUAUAUUUAUCUGCACGUGUGUGAUGCCUCGUCACUUCUUCAACAAGCGUUUGUUUUUUAAGUUACAACUUUGAGUUUCAUAUUGCCAUCAUCCUCACGUGUUUCCACCAAAGGGAAACCAGCCAUUUACCAUUUUUAAUGUCUCCUGCUGAGUAUGGAAAUCAGGCAGUAAGAGGAAGCCAAAAAGCAUUGCAGAGAAAUGUGUCCAACUUGUCCUCAGCCUUCCCCCGGGCCGGAGAGCAGGGGAGGGCCUGGCCGCCCUGCUUUCCUGCGUGGCCUUCCGCAUGGCCUCCUUCCUCCCACCGGGACUCUGGAGUCUCCAGGUGCUGCCAGAGGAGCUGCCUUGAUUACAGACGGGGAGCCUCCCAACUCAGCUGACUUGGAGUCCCUUGUGUUCCGAAGCCCGGGCCAGCCCGUGGCACUGCGCUCCGCGAGCUUGUGGGCUGGCCUCCGGCUGACCUCAGUGCCUUUUUGUUUUCAGAGAGAGACGGGAGCAGGGCGCACUUGCUUGUCACUUUGCUGCUGGCUUGCUCCUGCCAGGAAGGGGACCGUGGUGGUGUGGGAGGCGAGGCCAGGGGAGCCCUCCCUCCGAGAAUGGGGCGAGAGUCACAGACCUCCUUCCCCUCUAACGUCCUGGGCUUUGACUCCCAAUAAGUGAUGUCAAACCCCAUGGACAAGGUGGAUCAGAUCCCCAGCCUACACCUGUACUGGAUCCUUGUUCGGGUGCAAACUGAAAAAUAAACUCGCCAAGCAACUGAAGCAAGUGGCCAGGCCUCAAAGACACUCCAACGCAGAGGGAGAAGGACUUUUCACAGCCAAAGCAGGGCCGGCUUUCAAGUCCAGCCUCUGAGAGAUCACUUCUUCGCUGUCGUCGGCCUUCCCAGGUCCUUCCUGGGUUGGGUUGAGCCCCAGCUUCUUUGUGUAGCCUCAGAAAUCCCCUCCGCAACCCUUGCUGUGUCCACACCGCCCCUGAUCCCAGAAGGAAUGCUGCCCCCAUGUCACAAAACUGUGUGUAGUCUUCAGAGCUGCAAAAGCAAGACAAGCUAGCAGCUCAAAAAGAUUUUUUAGGCCCCCAGAACCCUGGUUCUCUGCCAUCUCAUGCUCAGCCUUAUUGCUUCUCUCCCUUAAAAAAAAAUCUCUCUCCCUGCUGUGUACUAAAGGGAGCGGGUAGAGAGUCCUUUUCCUUCAUGCUGCAUGUCUUUAACAUUAAUGGAAGGCACAGCUCCUGCUGCAGCCGCUGUGAAUGCUGCUGAGAGCCUCCCUCUGAUGGGGGCGGCUAUUUUAUUUUUGAGAAGGAAAAUAAAGUCAUGUAUGUAUAUACAUAAAGGCAUAUAGCUAUAUAUAAAGAGAUAGGGGUGUUUAUGAAAUAAGAAAAUUAGGGAAAAUUCUGACUUUAUCUAAAGCACAGUUAGACCCAGGACCCAUGCUGAGGUCCGAGCCUUGGCGAACAGUCUGUAUAAAGUAUCCCUUCCCCCGGAGGCGCGUAUGGCGGCUGGUAGUGCCUUCUAUCCUUGUGCUGCCCCAUGUGUACGUGUUUGUUUUGAGGAUAUUUUCUUUUUAAAUGUCUUUCUUAUAUGGGUUUUAAAAAAAGUAAUAAAAGCUUGUUGCAAAAAUGA